UCGUCUCCUCAGAUGGUCAAACCCUAAAUAAGACCAGCAAUCCACCGUUAUCCCCUCUCGUCUCCGCCUCCGCUCCUCGUCCUCCUCCUCCCGGCAGCAUCACCAUCUUCUUCCUCCGAUCUCCUUCGCUAGCGCCGUCCUCCCGUGCACACUCCCAGACGUCCUCCUCCCCUACCCAUCGAUCCGCCCCCCGCCCGUCGAAUCCGUUCUCUCGCCGUCUUGGUACGUUCCUGUUUCAGUCACCGUCGCGUCCGUCCUCCGUGCUCAUGGGUUCCGCAAGCUCUUCCCUGAAUUCGGCCCUUCCCACUAGGUCAAGCUCGUUUUCCUUCGUCACUGGUGGAUGCGAUGCGUUUGCAAUCGUUGCCGCAAUUCGGCACGGUCUCUUUGGCAGGUUUCACCCCCAAUUCCUCCGCAGGGCGGCACGGUCUCUUGGCAGGUUUCGCCGCCCAAUUCCUCCACAGGGGAAGGAAAAGGAAGCGAGGCUGAAUUUUGAGAUUCAGGCUGCUUCGAAUCCGUAUGUGUUAGGGUUAGGGUCUUGACCUGUGCUGCAAGGCUAGUCUCUAGUUCUUGAGGGCUCUCCUUCCUUCUAAGUUAACCCCCGUCUGUUCAGCUGGUCCUUUCUGUGCUUACUGCUAAGAUCCUACCAAGGCUUUUGACUGAUUUGUAUGCUGCAUGUUGGUGAUCUGUUCAUCAUCUCACAAACAGGUCUUUGGGGAGUUCUGCUUAUUGGUUCCAUCUCGGUUCAUCAGUAAAUGUUGUUCUGGUGGUGCACCUCAACUAGUUUGUCGUGUUCUGCUCACGUGCAUGUUACAGUUAUCCCUGAAUCUUGAUCCUUGUCGCGUUUCGCCUAUUGAUCCUGUCACAUUAAUCACUGAAUCUAGUUCUUUGUCACCGGGUUAGAUAUGGUUCGAUGGUCAUACAGCAAUCACUAUGUCUAGCGAGUUGGGCUUCCGUUCGAUUUUUCUGAUGCCUCAUGACUGCAUGAUCUGUGCCAAUUCACAUGGUUUGCUCUGCGUAUGUUAUUCUCCUAUCUUUUAUUCCACUCAUACGCAUUGGUGAAUUACCAGAAGAUAUCAGCGGUUCCAUAAAAAAGUAUGUCUUGUCCUGUUGGUGCAUCUCGACUAAUUAUUUGUCGUGUUUUGCCUAGUGGGGCCAUCACAUUUAUCCUGGAAUCUAGUUCCUUGUCACGUUUUGCCUACCGUUUCUAUCACAUCCAUCACUGAAUCUAGUUCAUUCUCACCGGGUUGGAUAUCGGUUGACGGUUACACAACAAUUAUCAGCAUGUCAAGAGGGUUGGCCUUCGUCGGAAUUUUCACAUGCCUUGAAACUGUCACGACUUGUGCCAGUUCAUGUGGCUUGCUCUGUUCAGCUAAACCAUGAGGCAUUCCGGUAAGCGUACCAGCCAACACAGGGAUCAUGACAGAGAAGGGAGGGACGAAAAGAGGAGGCCAGCUGUCCACACCCAGGAAAAUUCCAGUAAUGACGAGUUGGUUGUUUACCGCAUACUCUGUCCAGACAAAGUGAUUGGUAGUGUCAUUGGCAAGAAUGGCAAGGUGAUAAAUUCUAUUCGACAACAGACAAAUGCCAAAGUCAAGGUUGUUGACCCUUACCCUGGUGCUGACAAAAGGGUUAUUUUGGUAUAUUGUCACGUCCAUCAUAGAGAUCUCACCCAUAGGGACAUAGACGUCGAUGAUGAUGAUGAUAGAGAGCCUGUUUGCGCAGCACAAAAUGCAUUACUCAAGGUACAUGAUGCAAUUGUUGAGGCUCUGGCCAUCAAUAGUGACUCUGAUGAUGAGGAAGCCAACAUUCUAGUACCAGCUAGUCAAGCUGCAAGUGUUAUAGGAAAAUCUGGAUCUGUCAUCAAGAGGCUUCGGUCAAUUUCAAAAUCAUCCAUUAAAGUUAGGCCAAAGGAUCCAAGCGAAGUUACACACUCGUGUGCUAUGAGUUUUGAUAAUUUUGUUCAGAUAACUGGUGAUGCUAGAGCUGUCAAGAAGGCACUGUUUGCAGUGUCAGCCAUCAUCUACAAAUCUCCAUCAAAAGAGAUCAUUCCCCUUGAAACAUCUGUUCAGGAACUCCCUCCAAGCAUUAUAAUUCCUUCAGAGCUUCCUGUCUAUCCAGCCAGUAACUUCUACUCACUGUCAGAUGGUGCCAUGCCUUCUGGACAUCCAAGUCUACCUAUCUUAGGGGCCCCACAUCAUGUUUCUCGUAUUCCUGAAUUUACUGUGCCUGCUGAUGCUCAUGGACGAUUGCCCAUUUACCAAUCUAUGGUUCCUGCUAUUCCUACUUAUAGCACCCCAAAAGGCUCAGGGGAUCUACUAUUGCGUGUUGUAUGCCCUGGUGACAAGAUUGGGCUGGUUAUUGGUAAAGGUGGGAUGACCAUAAAGAGUAUAAGGAAAGAGAGUGGUGCAAAUAUAGAUGUUGAUGAUGCAAAGAAUGACAGAGAGGAAAGUAUAAUCACCGUUACAUCCACUGAGGCCACUGAUGAUGUUAAGUCUGCAGCAGUGGAAGCUGUUCUGCUGCUUCAAGCCAAGAUAAACGAUGGCAUUGAAGAUAGAAUGCAUAUUCGACUUCUCGUUCCAGGCAAUGUUAUCGGCUGUCUUAUUGGCAAGGGUGGUUCAAUCGUCAAUGACAUGCGUAAUAAGUCUAAAGCAAUUAUCCACAUAUCAAAGGGCAGCAAGCCCCGCAGGGCAUCUUCCAGUGAUGAGCUUGUUGAGGUGUUCGGAGAAGUAGACAAGUUGCGUGAUGCUCUUGUUCAGAUAGUUCUGAGACUCCGGGAAGAUGUUCUGAAGGACAGUGUGGAGAGGCAAAAUUCUGACAAGGAUGGGAAGCGAACCAUUGCAAUUACCGAACCCAUGUAUUCAAGCAAUUUUUCGAUGCCUGCAUUAUUACCUUCCACUCGACAAGUCAGUCCAUUGAGCUAUGAUCAAAGGGGUGAAGUUGAGCGAGGUUUGGAUGUAUACCCUCGUAGCAGUUCGUAUAGAUACAGCUCCUUGCAGGCUGUAGAUGAUGGCUAUGGAGCACAUUCCUCGUAUACAUCGAAGUCAUAUGGAGGACGACGCCCGGAUAUUGAAAUGAUUAUUCCUGCUAGUGGCCUGUCGAAAGUAAUCGGGAAGCGUGGCACAAACUUGGACAAUAUUAGAAAGAUUUCUGGAGCUGACAUUGAAAUUAUUGAGUCAAAAUCAUCUCGUCAUGACCAUGUUGCUCAUAUAUCUGGCACCCCUGAGCAAAGGCAGUCGGCAGAGAAUUUGAUCAGAGCUUUCAUAAUGUCUACUUAAGGUUCUGGUUGUAGUUCGAAGGAAAGGAUAUAGCUGUGCGCCCAGUCUGUGCUAUUAUUAGACUUCUCCCAGAAAAUAACUUAUCCCAUCCCGUAAUUUCCUUAGCUUGGGAAAGUACAUGAAAAACAGUGUUUUGUGUCCCUGAAGUCUCCAAUGAACCUCAUACUUAUCUGGGGAAAGACAAGUCGCUCUUUAGGUUCUCAACCAUGGCUUAUUUGCUGUUGACUUGUUCGUGUUAUUUGGCAUGUUCUGACAUUCCUGCAAAUCUCAAUGACUGGUUCCUCUGCUUAGUACAUGUUAUUUCAUA